UGGCGAAAGGGUGGGGUCACUGAAAAUUCGGAGGAGAAACGCAGAGGGAGGAAAAGCGUUCGGCUGCGCGGCGUUUCAGCGUAGAACUGAUUGAUGUAAAACUGGUUUCAAAGUCGCCGAGUCUUAAUCCCUUUUCCUGGAUUAGCGGUGUAAUAGGGGAUGCUGGGUGUCUCAGAAAUGACGGGCAGCAGCAACAUGGCCAAUGCCCUGGCGAACGCGGCGUGCGAGCGCUGUAAAAGCGGCUUCGCCCCGGCCGAGAAGAUCGUCAACAGUAACGGCGAGUUGUACCACGAGCAGUGCUUCGUGUGCGCCCAGUGCUUCCAGCAGUUUCCGGACGGACUCUUCUACGAGUUUGAAGGCAGGAAGUACUGCGAGCAUGAUUUCCAAAUGCUGUUCGCUCCCUGCUGUCACCAGUGCGGCGAGUUCAUCAUUGGGCGUGUGAUUAAAGCGAUGAACAACAGCUGGCACCCGGACUGCUUCUGCUGUGACAUUUGCCAGGCGGUGUUAGCCGACGUCGGAUUCGUCAAAAAUGCAGGCCGCCAUCUGUGCCGUCCGUGUCACAAUCGGGAGAAGGCUCGCGGUCUCGGGAAGUACAUUUGCCAGAAGUGCCACGCCAUCAUCGACGAGCAGCCUCUCAUCUUCAAGAACGACCCGUACCACCCGGAUCACUUUAACUGCAACAACUGCGGUAAGGAGUUGACUGCCGACGCUCGGGAGCUGAAGGGAGAGCUGUACUGUCUCCCGUGCCACGAUAAGAUGGGAGUUCCUAUCUGCGGCGCCUGCAGGAGGCCCAUCGAGGGCCGUGUGGUCAAUGCCAUGGGCAAGCAGUGGCAUGUUGAGCAUUUUGUGUGCGCCAAGUGUGAGAAACCCUUCCUGGGUCAUCGGCAUUACGAAAGGAAAGGGCUGGCAUACUGCGAGACUCACUACAACCAGCUUUUCGGCGACGUCUGCUACCACUGCAACCGCGUGAUCGAGGGAGACGUGGUGUCGGCUCUGAACAAAGCCUGGUGCGUCAACUGCUUCUCGUGUUCUACGUGCAACACCAAGCUCACGCUGAAGAACAAGUUUGUGGAGUUCGACAUGAAGCCCGUGUGUAAGAAGUGCUACGAGAAGUUUCCACUGGAGCUGAAGAAACGGCUGAAGAAGUUGGCCGAAACCGUGGCCCGCAAGUAGACGUCACCCCCAGGGAAACGGAACGAGAUAUUCUGAUAUAUUUUUGCCACACAGUGGGAUUUAAUUCAGUCUGCAGUAUGUUAACGCAAGUAUUAUAAUUCAGCCUGUGUGCAGCUUCACAAGCAGCACAAUGAGAGAAUGUGCGAUUUACACACUAGAAUUUAGCACGAGACACUGCUUUUCUCAUAUAACCAAAGCCUGAGAUAUACACAGACCUACACAAUGUGCGUAUAUAUAAAUGUUUGUUUCCUUUUUCUAACCAUAUGAUCUGUGAGGUCAGGAGAAGUCUUACAGGAAAAAAAACCCUACUUUAAAUAAAUGACCCUAAAAAAAAAAAAAGAAUUCCUACUAUGCACAGUAUUAAAUACUUAACACUCUGAUGGUCCUCAGCAUAGUCUACACACACACACACAUGACAUUCCACAACCUCAUUUUUAAGUGUCCCAUGAGAACAUUCCCAAGAAGUCUUCUACAUCUUAGACCAAAAAAUAAAAACAGACCACGAACACGUCGAAGGGACCAGCCAGGUAAUUCAGUUUCCAUUUUCAUGCUGAAAAAAAUAUGUAACCACAAGCUGAGCAUUAUAUGCAAAUAUAUUCCUCUUAUUUAUGCAAUACCAUUUUCAUUGUAUCUGCUGAUUAAUGCUUUUUAAAAAAGUGUGUAAAUAAAAGCAUGCAAGUAUGUA